AUUCUCAACGUCGAUGGCUGCAUCGCCGUCUGCUUCGUCGACCUGCUCAAGAACUCGGGCGCGUUCACGGCCGAGGAGGCCAACGAGUACGCCAAGAUCGGCACGCUCAACGGUCUCUUCGUCCUCGGUCGCUCGAUCGGCUUCUGCGGUCACUACCUCGACCAGAAGAGGCUCAAGCAGCCGCUGUACCGCCACCCGGCCGACGACAUCCACAUCGAGCCGUUCAACCCUCGCAUCCUAGCCACCGAGCGCAAGUAG